AUGGCUGAUCCUCCACCACAGCAAGCCUCUCAAGGUGCAGUUCCGGGUGGUGAGGGUCAGGGAAACAUGCAAGUCGACAUCAGAAACAGCAGCGAUGAGGAUCAGGGCCUUCAUUUGAUGAACCGAGAGCUAUCAAUCCUGAAGCGUCAAAUUUAUAUCCCAGAUGUGAGGGUUGGCCCAAGAACACUGAUCCGUCAUGCAACAAGAAAUGAUCGCAUCAUAAUGUCCGUCAGUGGUGUUUGUGCUGCCAUUGGUGGCGGUAUUGUUCCUCUGAUGAGUGUGGUGUUUGGUGCUUUGGCCCAAAGUUUCCAAGAUUUCAGUGUCUUGUCCAAGGUUGAGAGGGACACAUUCAACAGAAACCUCGUCACGAAGACGCUGUAUCUCGUCUACCUGGCUAUCGGCGAAUACGUCUGCAUCUCUAUAUCAACUUUCGGAUUUCUGUAUACUGGAGCACGCAUAACACAAAGCUUGAGAGAACGAUACUUAGCUGCGAUCCUGCGCCAAAACGUUGCAUUCUUCGAUUCUCUUGGAACAGGGGAAGUGAUCAAUUGUAUAACAGCCGAUUUAAACCUCGUCCAAGAUGGGAUCUCGGAGAAGGUGGGGUUCACCAUCACCGGUCUAGCUACAUUCAUUUCUGCUUUCGUGGUUGGGUUCAUCAUGUAUUGGAAAUUGUCUCUGAUACUUUCGGGAACCUUGUUCUCGCUCCUCCUUGGGCUGUUCCUCACUUCACUGGUCUCGAAGAAAUACAGUGCUCAAAAGAUUGCUGUAAAUGCCACUGCAGCAGCUCUUUCGGACGAAGUUUUCAGCUCUAUCAGAAACACCAUUGCGUACAAUACUCAGGCAAGAUUGGCAACACAAUACGACAAGCUCUUGGACAAUGCUUCUAAGUUCGAAUUUAAGCUCGGGGUUACAAUAUCCGUUCUGCUUGCAGCUUGCAUGGCUAUUGUUGAGCUCACAUAUGCACUUGCAUUUUGGGAAGGCUCCCGCCUUCUGGUAAACGGUGAAAUCAAUAUAGCAAAGCUCCUCACCACUGUCCUCGCAAUUGUUCUCGGCUCUUUUGCACUUGUAAACAUAGCUGCGAAUUUCCAAGCUUUCGCCAUAGCUUUGACUGCGGCUAAAAAGAUAUUCAGUGCCAUCGACCGACAUUCUCCUCUUGACUCAUCUUCUGAAGAUGGACUUAAACUUGGCGUCGUCGAAGGGACCAUCCAGUUGCAAAAUGUCAAACAUGUAUAUCCUUCUCGCCUCGACGUUUGCGUCAUCGACAACCUGAACUUGAGUAUUCCUGCUGGCAAAACAACUGCUAUCGUUGGUGCUUCGGGCUCUGGCAAAAGCACAAUAAUUGGCUUGAUUGAGAGAUUCUACGAGCCUGUAGCAGGCAGGGUUCUCAUUGACGGCCAUGAUACUUCGGAGCUGAACUUGACAUGGAUGAGACAGCAGAUAGCUCUUGUCAGCCAAGAGCCUGUCCUAUUUGGCACUACAAUUUACGAGAAUAUUCGAUAUGGCAUUAUUGGAACUCCGCACGAAAACGCAAGUCCUGAGGUGCAGGAUAAACUGAUUAUUGAAGCAGCCAGACAAAGCAACGUUCACGAUUUCAUCAUGAGUCUUCAAGCAGGAUAUCAGACUCAGGUUGGAGAACGAGGCAUUCUACUCUCUGGAGGCCAAAAGCAGCGCAUCGCAAUUAGUCGUGCGAUAAUCUCUGAUCCGAAAAUUCUGCUUCUGGACGAAGCAACUUCCGCACUCGAUACACGAUCAGAAGGAGCUGUUCAGGCUGCGUUGAGCGCUGUGUCGAAAGGCAGGACGACGGUUGUUAUUGCGCAUCGACUGUCAACUAUCAAAGAUGCAGAUAACAUCGUAGUAAUGGCAGGGGGACGUAUUGUUGAGCAAGGAACGCACGAUGACCUACUCAAUCUGAAGGCGUUCUACUAUGAGCUCGUUCAAGCCCAGGAAAUGCUACCUGGGACGUCAUCAGGCAGUGAACAGGACUUUGUUGAUUCCAGACUUUCCGACGUUGACCCGAACCUCAACGAGAAAUGCGAGAUUGGACUUGAGCAGCAUGUUCCUGUUCUUCAAGUGACAACUCAAAAGAACUCGUCUUGGACUUUAGCGAAAACAGUCUUAGCAUUCAAUCGCAAGGAACUGCCGAUCAUGCUCACCGGCGUCAUCUUUUCUAUACUUGCUGGAGGCACAUACCCAACGCAGUCUUUGUUCUUUGCGAAGUCAAUUUCCUCCUUGGCAUUACCACCAUCACGAUUCAGCCAGCUUCGGGACGAAGUGAACUUUUGGUCUUGGAUGUAUUUCAUGCUUGCUGGUGCUGCAUUUCUGUCUUUCCUCCUCCAAGGGCUAGCAUUGGGAUAUUGCUCAGCGAAGUUGACGUCGCGAGUGGGUAGCAGAGCAUUUCGAGACAUUAUCCGGCAAGACGUUUCAUUCUUCGAUCGAGAGGAGAACACAGUAGGAUCAUUGACAAGCACCCUGUCGACUGAGCCAACAAACCUGUCUGGCUUUGGAGGGUUCACCCUGGGCGCAAUCGUGUCAGUGAUCUCAACCAUUGUAUCCGCCCUUGCGCUCAGCAUCGCACUUAGCUGGAAGCUCGGUCUAGUUUGUGGCGCGACAAUACCUCUCAUGCUGUCUAGUGGCUUCUACCGCUACUGGAUCAUGGCCCAACUUGCAAAACGAUCUAAGAAAGCAUAUGCAGCUUCCGCCAGUUACGCAGCCGAAGCAACCUCGGCGAUACGAACCAUUGCAUCUCUGACACGGGAAAAGGAGGUGCUUCGUGUAUACCGUGAGUCUCUGACCGAUGAACGCCGAAAAGCAAUGGUACCUACAUUUAAGUCUUCGAACCUUUAUGCAGUAUCUCAAGGCUUUCCAUAUCUAGUCAUGGCUUUGGGCUUUUGGUAUGGAGGUCACUUGAUCUCCAGAGGAGAGAUUGGCAUGUUCGAGUUUUAUGUCUGCUACAACUCUCUCAUAUUCACCAUCCAGUCUGCUGGAAGAGUUCUUGCAUUUGCUCCCGAACUUGGAAAAGCACAGAAUGCUGCAUUGGAAUUGAUGUCUAUAUUUGAGAACAACCCUGUCAUCGAUUCCAGCAGCUCACUGGGUGAAGAUCCGGGUCAAGUUACAGGGAAGCUUGAGUUUCGUGAUGUUCACUUCCAUUAUCCAAACAGGAAUGGGGCGAAGGUACUUAAAGGCCUCAACUUCACUGUCAGUCCCGGGCAGUAUGUGGCAUUGGUAGGUGCGAGUGGAUGUGGCAAAAGUACUGUACUGGCACUGCUGGAAAGAUUCUAUGACCCUGUACAUGGAGACAUAUUUAUUGACGACGCGAGGAUAUCCACACUCAAUCUCACGCGGUACCGACGACUCUUUGCUUUGGUCAGCCAGGAGCCAACUUUGUAUCAAGGGUCAAUUCGAGACAACAUACUUCUCGGUACCGACCAAGAGGACCCUAACGAUCAAGCUCUAUUUCAAGCAUGCAAAGACGCUGACAUCUAUGAUUUUGUCAUGUCACUACCUGACGGCUUCAACACAGCUGUGGGUACAAAGGGUACCCUCUUAAGCGGUGGUCAGAAGCAAAGACUAGCAAUCGCGCGAGCUCUAAUACGGAGCCCUACGGUGCUGCUGCUAGAUGAGGCUACGAGCGCUUUAGACAGUGAAAGCGAGAAAUCAGUCCAAGCCGCACUUGAAAAUGCAAUGCGCGGUCGGACUACCAUAGCUGUGGCCCAUCGGCUUUCGACUAUUCAGAGGGCAGAUGUGAUUAUCGUCUUGGAUCAGGGUCGUGUUGCUGAGAUGGGGAGCCACUCAGAGCUCUUACUGAAGAGAGGGUUGUAUUUUGAAAUGGCUAAGAUACAGAGCUUGGAAAGGGCACGUUGA